GCGGGACCUCUGCCCAUGGAGGAGGACACAUACCUGGAGCUUUACCUGGACCGAUUUGCUGCCCAGGAUGACCCAGCCCCAGCAGUGGCUCCCCUGUUCAGCCCCAUUGUACCUUACGACAUGUACACACCUAGUCCGGCCAAUCCAGAGGCUGCCUUUAACCCACAUCCCGGAGACGCCAAAGAGACAGCUGAGGACUUCUCAUCUGUGGAUCUCAGCUUCCUACCAGAUGAACUUACCCAAGAAAACAAAGGCCAGGCUGUGCUUAGAAACAAGCUUGAGAUGGAAGACAGUUGUGAAAAUGACGGUCUACGGAGCAGGCUGCCGUCACCCAGCGAGCAGGACGCUGGGCUGGACUCAGAGAACAGCCGUUUGCUGAAUGCCCACGCGCAGCUUCAGGCUGGGGGUGCUGGCUCGGUCCAGCCCCCUCCUGAGAAACCCAGCUCCGACCCCUUGCCUCUGGCGUCCAUAACUCCCAUGACGCCGAUGACCCCUGUUUCAGAAUGUUCUGGAAUUGUGCCGCAACUCCAGAACAUAGUUUCCACUGUAAACCUGGCCUGUAAACUGGAUCUGAAGAAAAUAGCUCUGCAUGCAAAAAAUGCAGAAUAUAACCCAAAGAGGUUUGCUGCUGUCAUCAUGAGGAUCCGAGAGCCCCGGACGACGGCCCUCAUAUUUAGCUCUGGCAAAAUGGUCUGCACGGGAGCCAAAAGCGAAGAGCAGUCUCGACUCGCAGCGAGGAAGUACGCCCGCGUGGUGCAGAAGCUCGGGUACCCCGCCAGAUUCCUCGACUUCAAAAUUCAGAACAUGGUCGGGAGCUGUGAUGUGCGAUUUCCCAUCAGGCUGGAGGGCUUGGUGCUAACCCAUCAGCAGUUCAGUAGUUACGAACCUGAGCUGUUUCCAGGCCUUAUUUACAGAAUGGUAAAACCAAGGAUUGUGUUGCUUAUCUUUGUAUCUGGAAAAGUUGUGUUGACAGGUGCCAAAGAACGUUCUGAAAUCUACGAAGCAUUUGAAAACAUCUAUCCUAUUCUCAAAGGCUUUAAAAAAGCCUGAGGCUGUUACUCACCAUCUUGCAUUAAGCUGGUUUGAAAAUGGACACGAGCCCCGCGAAGAAACAGCUGGCAGCUUCUACCUGUAACUGUAGGUGCUCCAAGUAGAUUUUGACUUAAAGGGUGAUUCUCUGAGUAACCAUGCCUUAAAAAGUGAAAAAAACUUCUCACUUAAAAAUGGCUCUUGUGUGCCAUUUUAAAAAUUGAGCAAGUAAACAAUUCAGAAUUGGAGAGAUGAGGGCCUUGCUAGAAAGGUAUUGUAGUAUUGUUAGAAUUCAGUGCUCUGCUCUUGUUAAAUUUGUAACACAUGAACAUGUGUCUCCUGAAACACUUCACAAUAAACAGAAAUUUCAGUU